GCGUCUUUAGACACGGUCAGUACGAAGUAACAAUAAGACACCUCACUCUGUUUGUCACCCAGCGCCAUUAUUCCCAGAUCUCGUCAAGAUGUCGCAACCAAUACUUACUGUCUCGGGUGACCCAGCAAACCCGAAUAAAUCCCAAUUGCAUCUGCUGCCGUGUCGGAUACAUCACGAUGGCCAUGUUGACCCCGUGGACCCAUACUGGUCCCCAAGUGAGAGUAAAGGUGGCAUGAAGAUUGCAUACUUGAGGGGGAGGAAACUCCACGGCAAGGAGAUGAAAUUGCCUAAAGGCUAUUAUGGCUCCGUGGUUGAGAAGGGGCCGACGAAGGCCGAAAUUCCGAAGGAAGAGAUGGACGAAGAGGCGGAUGUGCAGGAACUGCCAGAAGCGGUCGAAACUGCUCUUAUGAAGGGAAAGGCCCAAUUCGACAACGUUGUCGUCUGGGGACAUGAGUCUCUGGCCGAGUCGAGUGCAGAUCCUUUCGUUAGGGGCAUUGAGGAAUGGGUGUCUUUUGCUGAACAGAUACACUCGUAUCCUUCGCAGGAUGUUGGACCGACGAAAGGAAGAACUGGGGCCUGUUGAUUUAUAUGUUUAUAUUUAAGAGCGGCGUUAUGGAGUAUAAUUUCGCGAUUGGAGUCCUCGUUGUACAGUAACCUUUAUCCAGUUGCAGCCAUCAAAGUAGGGAAACCUGUUCGAUGACAUCAAAGUACCCUCGUACCAUGUACUUCCUGAGGUUGCAGAAGUAAUAAAGAACACGUAAAGCAUGAGCCCGGCCUCAGUGGAGUGAUAGUUCGUCCAAUUUCAGAUUCGAUGAUCCUCUCAGACAAACCCAAGUCGCCAUUCUCAUCC